CAGUAACAUAUAAUCUUAUCAUUAUUGUUCUUGUAUGGGAAUUGGCGUGGUUAGUUAUCCAUGGCGGAUUUUCAUUUUCAUUUUCAUCACCUUUACCUUUUUCUCUUCUCCUUAAUUAUCUUCUCCAUACUAAAGAUUUCUCCGGCGAGAGAUACUAUUUCUCUCGAUGAUCCUCUCCCAGAAAAUGAAACCAUCAUUUCCUCGGGAGGAACUUUUGAGAUGGGAAUCUUCAGUCCUUCUUUCACUUUCUCCUACGUCGGAAUAUGGUACAAGAAUAUUCCGGCUAGACCUGUAGUCUGGGUGGCCAACAGAAAAGUUCCGCUCAGUAAAAACGUGACGUCUCUGGUGUUAAAGAUCGUUAACUCAUCCCACCUUGCCCUCCUUAGUAACGCCAACGAUGUUAUCUUGUCCGUUAACACGUCGUUAUCUUUUUCGUCUCCGGUGAUGCAAUUACUGGAUUCCGGGAACCUUGUGGUGCGAGACGCCGGAGAUGAAAACCCGGAAAAUUUUUUAUGGCAGAGCUUUGAUUAUCCGACGGAUACUUAUUUACCGGGGAUGAAAAUGGGGAUAAACUUUGAAACUGGGCAUGAAGUUUAUCUUUCGGCGUGGAAAAGUGCUGAGGAUCCAUCACCGUCUGAUUAUACAUCAAAUCUUCUCGUCACCGGAUAUCCACAGGGAAUUAUCCGGCAAGGAAAAGCGUUAAUUUGCCGGAGCGGGCCGUGGAACGGGGUGAGGUGGAGCGGGAUUCCCAGCCCGGACAUAAAUCCCAUUUACAAUUACGUUUUAGUCAUCAACAAGACCGAGAUUUACACCAAUUAUUCUCUGGUGAAUAAAUCUGUGAUUUCAGUGUUAUAUAUGAACUACACUGGUGUUGUUCAUCGCCUGAUGUGGGUGGAGGGGAUGAGAGAUUGGAUAACAAUUGGGAAAUUGCCCACAGAUGAUUGUGACAGAUAUGGGAACUGUGGGGGAAAUGGGCUCUGCAAUAUAGGCAAUUUUCCAGUUUGUGGUUGCUUGGAUCACUUCUUGCCCAGAAACCAGGCAGAUUGGGGGAUGGCAAAGUUUGCUGGAGGGUGUGGCCGGAAGAAGAGCUUGGAGUGCCACACUGGAAAAGAUGCAGGUGGGUUUCUCAAGUAUUCGGGGAUUAAAGUGCCAGAUACCCAGAAUUCUUGGUACAACGAGACGAUGACGCUCCAAGAAUGCCAGCAAGAAUGCUUGAGAAACUGUAAUUGUACCGCGUUUUCGAGUUUGGAUGUCAGGAAUGGAGGGAGUGGGUGUCUGAUAUGGUUUGGGGACUUGGUUGACAUUAGACAGAUGGCUGGAAGAGGGCAAGACAUAUUCAUCAGACUUGCAGCUUCUGAACUAGUUUCUGGUUCAGGGUUCAGAAGGGAGCACAGAAAAAUUCUGGAAAUAGUUGCAGUCACUUUGUCAUCAGUUAUUGGAUUGUUUCUGAUAUCAGGGCUAAGCUUGAUGUUGUAUGUGCGGAGAAAGAAGAAGACUAAAUUUCUGCGCGAUGAAGAUUUCGAGCUGCCUGUUUUUCACUUGCGUACGAUAGCUCGAGCUACCAACACCUUUUCAGCCGACAACAAGCUUGGAGAGGGCGGUUUUGGACCUGUUUACAAGGGUGUACUGGAAAAUGGGCAGGAAAUUGCUGUGAAGAGGCUUUCCAAGGCAUCUGUGCAAGGAAUUCANUGCUGCAUUCAAGGGGAAGAACAGAUGUUAAUCUAUGAAUACAUGCCUAACAGAAGCUUGGACCUCUUCAUAUUUGAUCCCACAAAAAGGAAGCUACUCGACUGGCCUAAACGGUUCAACAUAAUCAAUGGAAUCGCUCGAGGCCUGAUGUAUCUUCAUCAAGAUUCAAGACUCAGAAUUAUCCAUAGGGAUCUCAAAGCUAGCAAUGUUUUGCUAGACGUUGAAAUGAACCCGAAGAUAUCAGACUUUGGAUUGGCCAGGAGCGUGGCAGGGAAUGAGACGGGAGCAGACACAAGUCGAGUUGUUGGAACACAUGGCUAUAUGUCUCCCGAAUAUGCAGUGCUCGGGAUUUUCUCAAUUAAAUCAGACGUGUUCAGCUUCGGUGUCUCCGUGCUCGAGAUUGUCAGUGGUAAGAGAAACAAAGGAUUUUCCCUGGAUGAUCAAUACCACACCCUCCUUGGGCAUGCCUGGAAACUUUACAGAGAAGGCAGAUCAGAUGAACUAGUAGAUGAUGAUCUAUUAGUUGAAUCAGGUGAUCUCUCUGAAGUUCUGAGAUCAAUCCAUGUCGGUUUGCUGUGCGUGCAGCAAUAUCCCGAUGACAGACCAAUCAUGUCUUCUGUAGUUCAGAUGUUAAGCAAUGACGCGGCAUUGCCUGAACCGAAAGAGCCCGGUUUCUUCACAGGAAAAUGGCUUACCAGUGAAUGUUCAUCAAGCACACAAGCUGCAAGUUCCUUAAAUGAAGUUUCCAUCAGCUUGUUUGAUCCUAGGUAGUUGGCUGUUUGAAUUUCCUAUGCUAAGUUCUGCACAAACACAAAUGGAAAUUAUGUAAAUAUAUAUAGUUUUGCGGUUUCUGAUGUUCACUCCAUACAUGUUUUUGACUUCUGCUUGUCCAACUUACACUAUUAAUACGUGAAAUUACUUUGGAAUAUGGUAA